ACACCGACAUGGUCGAGGUAGCCUACGUCAUAUUCUACUUUUUUUUUUCAUAGGAGGAAGUGAAAGAAAGAUAUUGACGCUAUUUUGUCUGGUCGUCGCCAUUUCAGUAUUAGUAUUUAGUAUUAUCAACAGCAUAAUAGGUGUUUCAGAAUUUCAGUACCUAUAUUUUAAGUUUUUGCUUUAAGUUUGUGUUCCGGGAUCAGUUUAGGGGUCAUUCUUUACACACGGAUUAUGUGUUGGUGAGGAAUGGAACUGUCCAGCUGCCCUGUGCCUGCAUCGAUUAAUGAUGAAAGUCUAGAGUCCUGGCAACUAAUUGGCUCUGGUGGAUUUGGAAAGAUUUAUAAGGCAAAACAUACAAAAUGGGGGACGAAUGUUGCUAUAAAGUUAUUACGUUGUAAUGAUGGCUCUGAUUCCUCUCUUCUCCAAGAGGCGGACCUGAUGCGUCAUGGCGGGAAUCCCAAUGUGCUCAGAAUCUUUGGGGUGUAUGUAGGUUGCCCUCAUGGACAGCCAUGCCCCACCCAGUUAGGUUUAGUCAUGGAGUACAUGGAGAGAGGGUCUGUGGCAGACCUCCAGCAAGCUGUGGGCGGACCCCCUCCCUGGCCCCUCGCCUUCCGCAUCAUGCACCAGAUCGCCCUGGGCAUGAACUUCCUUCACCAGCUGUCCCCGCCCCUGCUCCAUUUGGACCUGAAGCCCAGCAACGUGCUGCUGGAUGACAGCCUCAACGCAAAACUCACUGAUUUUGGUCUGGCCAAACUGGCCCAAAGCCGUUCCAAUGUGGACAGAGAGCAAGAUGAGGAAGUAGGUGGAACCACAAGCUACAUGCCUCCAGAAGCAUUUCAGCCCUCUUCUUACACUCCUGCCUUUUCUUCGGAUGUUUACAGCUAUGGUGUACUGUUGUGGUCAGUUAUGACUGGAAAGCCACCAUACUACACUCCCCUCUCUAGCCUGGUGCGGUUUCGUGUCACUGAAGGUGACAGGCCUGAUCUGGGAUCUGUGGACAGCAGCCAGGCACAUGGGCUCAGUAACCUCAUUGAUCUAAUGAAGCUCUGCUGGCAUGCCGACCCCACCCAGAGGCCCACCUUCAUGAAAUGUGUUAAUGUCACUGAGAAGGUGUAUGAUUUUCACAAACGAAAAGUACAUAACGCUGUCUGUGCCAUUCUAGAAAAUCUGGACAAUAGUGACAAAAUCAGUUCCAGUUUUAAAUCACUUGGGAUCAACCCUAAAAUGAACAAUGCCAUAGCAUCCAUUAAAGAAAAGUCUCAUCAUUCUGUGAAGACUCCCACACAGGAGAAAAGUGAAAUUGUAAUCUCCCAGUGCACGGAAACAGGGUCAUUUGCUCGUCCACGUCCUCCACCUACAUCAAGAACCAACCACAAGCCAGCUGCCAUUGGCUCACACACCACUCACAAAUCAGCUACCAAAAGACUGCAAAAGGUUUUAACGACCCAGCGCCAAUUCUCUACACCAAGCACUGUGAGCAUCUGCCUAUCCAACGUCACAGGCGUACAGAUCGGCAACAACAACCACAUGAAUAUAAACCAUCCUCUUGACAGACAGCGCAAUAGACACCAAACAGCACCUUCUUCUGUCAGCCUUCCCAACCCCGAUUGGCCUCCCAGAUCUGAAAAAAACCCCUGAUCAUAUCAAAUCAUAAUGACCUCUUAUAUUUGAGGUUGUUAUUUAUCUGACAGUUCUCAGUUAUUUUUAUUUUAGGUUAUCUCAAAUAAUAUCACUAACUGGCAUAUAGACUUUUUUCCAGAUUACUAAUCUUGCUUGAAAGUUUUGUUUUUAUGACUCCAGUAUCGAUUACAAGAAACCUGAUGCUGCUUUUGUGCAAAGGAAAAAAAACAAUGUUGAUUAAAAGCUACUUUCCCAAG